GAGAUGUACGGAGACAAUAAGGAACUUCUCAUCUCCAGACUUUCAAACAACAUAACUAAUCGGCGUAAACAAGACGUUUGGAAGAAAAUUACAAAUCUGAUCAACUCGAGAUCGUCUGGCAUAACCCGGGAUUUGGAUGAAGUAAAGAAAAAGUGGAAGGAUCUUUUGAGAAAAGCUAAGAAAGACAUUGCUGCGCAUAAAAACCCAACAACUGGAGGCGGUCCUCAACACAAAGACUCGGCUUACACGUCCUGGGUUUUAGACAUUAUCGGUACAGAGUCAUCGUCUCUUGUCGGUAUAGAGGAAGGUGUAGAAUCUGGCCAUACUGUUUCGGCACCGUUUUCACAGAUAUCACGGGCAUCAUCAGAUUUCCCUGAACCAUCAACUUCGUCAGUACUCCAGUCAUCAGCAACGACCGUCGGAACAUCAGCAACGACAGUCGGGACAUCAACAACGACAGUGACUGCUCCCCAAUGUCCUGACACCACCCCUCAGUCUUCUGAAUAUGACAAGAGUGCGCCGCGUCUCACGAAGCGAAAGGCCACUGAUGAUGACCUCUACCAGCAGCUGCUAGCUCAGGAGAUCGAGAGGGCCAAAGCACAGACUGAGAGAGCACACGUUGGAACUGAGAGAGCAAGAGCGGAGACCAUUAAGAUUCAAGUGGAGAUCAAGCUGCUGGAAAGAAGACUUGAACAGCCCGACAUUUACACUCUUCCUAUUCUUCCUGAGUGUUGAACUGAGAUAUGCAGACUAAGUAAUAUGCGCAUUCUCAACUGUACUGAACUUUAAAGUGAUAUGUUUCAACUACAUUUAAACCUUACUUUACAGUCACGUUAUGUAUGAAAUGAGUAUGUUUAUUCAAGUUAAUUACAGUAAAAUAUCUUUAAUGUAAUAUUCAACAAUAUUAUUGCAGUGUACAGGAACUGUAUUGGAAUUAUAACAUUGAGCUCUCAGAAUGUAUAUCUCUGUUGUUAUUUGAAAACUUUGAUGGAAUGUACGCUGAGUCUGCUGAGUUACUGUCCAAAGAAUCUCUGAAUUAUCCUGUCUCUUUUUAACUUGGCAUUGUGGGG